AUGGAGUCGAAGCUCGGCUACUCCGGCGGCAGCCCGCGUGGCCGCGGUGCGCGCCGCUCUCCGCCGCCGAUCCCCCUGCGCGGCGGCAAUCACCGCGGCCGCGGCCGCGGUGCACGACGCUGGGGCCAUCCGCGCCCCCGCCGCUCCCCACCUCCGCCUCCCCACCGCGGAGGCCGCCCGCGUUCGCCCUGCCGACCGGUUCGACACACUACCGCGCCUGCUCACCGAGGCGCCGGACCAGCAGCGAACCCACCGCCGAGGGCGCACGUAAGAGCGGGCGCGCUGCGGGGUCACCUGCGUCACCAUGGGCCCGCCUACCAGCGGGCGGGACCUCGGCUCGGCGGUAGAGCCCCCACUGCCGCCGAGGCGUGCGGCGAGGAGGUCGAGGUCAGGGCCCCGGUUCUCACCUUGGACAACAUUCACCUCGCCGCCCUCCCGAUCCUCGACGCGCGGCGCCGUAUUCGUGGGCACGUACGGGGUUCUCUCGUCGAGGGGCUCCGCGAACGCCUGGCCCGCGGUGGUCAUGGGGCCCUGUACAUCCCCGCUAAUGUUCUGGCCGCCGAGCUGGGGGCGGGCUACGUCGGCUUUCUCGGGCGCCCGCGUGUCCUCGCCAUCGUCCACCUCGACAACCAGCGCAGGCGCAUGUUAGUCGACGAGCGGCUUCAUGUUCUGGCUGCCGAGGAGGCCAGGGUCGAGAACGAGCUCGUCGUCGACGAGGUCGCCCCGCGCCGUGCCGAUACCGAGGAGCGCAAGGAGGAGGGCCUGGGCCAGCACCAGGACGCCAACUCCGAGGAGCUCGGGCCCAACCACCGCAACCAGGACCAGGGCGCCGACGAGGAGCAGAUCUUGCCGCGCCUUGGCGAGGACCAGGGCGCCCACGCUGAGGAGCCCGACGAGCACUUGGACGGCGACGCUGUGGCGCAGCUGCAGCCUGACCAAGGCGCGGACCAGGGCGCCCACGCUGAGGAGCCCGACGAGCACUUGGACGGCGACGCUGUGGCGCAGCUGCAGCUUGACCUGGGCGCCCACGCCGAGCAGGCGCGCCCCGGCGAGGACCAGCAGCCGGUUCACCCCCAUGAGGCGGCGGAUUUGCUCGAACUUCUACAAGAGACAUACACUUUGAUGGAGAAGAAGUAUGAUGACGUAGAGCGCCUCUGGGAAGAGAAGCGCGCCCUGGAUCGAGAGGCUACGGUACAAGGUGAUUGGAGCGGAAUCGCCAUAAAGCAUCGUGGUCGCAGCAUCCAUAUUGAGAAGGCUACCCAGGUUUACCGGGAAGCGAGCUUUUUUGGAAAUCUAGCACUAUGAAAAGUGGGCUUCGGAGAUAUACCAUCCCGCAACGGGGCUUCGCCAGUUUACCAUUAUGAAACGCGACACAAUCGCUAGAAUGUCAUUGGAUGGAUUUUGGAGCCUUCUAUUCCCCUUC